AUGCGUCUCUCCAACAUUGCCAUCGGCACUAUUGUCGCCCUUUGUGGCCAGGCUUUCAGCCAGGAGUCCCGAGUGGGCAAGGGACCCCAAACAAUCGCUCAAGCCAACGGCGACUCCCUCCUGACAGCUGCAUCGAAGUCCAAACAGCCUUUGACAUUUGAGAGUCCCACUGGAGAGGAGGACCAAACUUGGUUUUUUAUCGAAGACUCUGACAACCAGGGCCAAUCUAUCCAGAAUGCCGAUUCCGGUAAAUACCUCUACUGCUCUGGAGGAUCCGCCUGUACGCAGUCGCGGCAGGCUCAGAUCUUCCACCCGUACCAUCAGAAAAAUUCCGAUACCUGGGGGUUUGGUGAGAUAAGCUCCCAAUCGGUCCUCACUUGGACAGACGAGAACACUCUGAAGCUGGUGAAAAACCCCUCCAACAUGGAUCAUUCGUUCUUCACAAUCAAGAAAGCCGAGUAA